GGUGAAUAAAAAAAAAAAAAGAAGUAUAUUAAUUUUGGUUGAUUUUAUAAAAAAAAGGAGACUUUUCAGUUUCGGGGAACUAAUUAAGAGGUAAACUAAUCCAAUCUUCAUUAAAAUUUAUUAAUAUCAUACUUAUUUUAAGUUGUUUGUCUGACGUUAACGAAUCGAUUGUCUGUCCUUAUUGUUUUCAUUAUAUACUAGCGGCGUAUAUAUCGCAGACCGAAACAGUAUCUAAUAAAUUUGUUGUGCUAAUUCCAUCAUAUAACCAUUUAAGAUAGAUUAAUUUACAAAAUGAAGUUUGGCAAUCGCAAUUAUACAAACAAUUGCCAUUAGUUUCAAUAAGAUUACAUCUUUUAAAGUCACCACUCCAUAUAUCUUUAUCAUUAAAAUAUUGAUUGUAUCCUCGCACGUAGACAACCAGAUAGGGAUCUGUAUUUGAGUUUGAACAUUGAAAAUUUGUUCCGGUAACCUUUACUUCAGCUUUGGUUGUUGUCGGGUUGAAAAUUUCAUAUAAAAACUUUUGACUUCGCCUAUUAGCUAAAGUGCUACAUGUGGAAUAUCUUUGCGGUUCUGUUAAUCCACCAUAUUUGCAAACGUUAUCAACAAGAUAAUGAGAAUUGAACCCGAAUGAAUCUCCUUCUUCGAAAAUCACUGUAAAAUUUCUCGGAUUAUAAUUUGAUAGAAAAUGAUGUAUAAUAUUACAGGGAAGUUUGGAAACUGCAACGGUUAAAUCGUUAAAGUUGAUGUCAAAUAAAGACAUAUCAGCAUUUGGUCCAAUAGUAUAUUUAGUCUGCGAAUUUUUACAUGUUUCGUUCUGCUGUUCACUGUAGAUAGUCCACGAAUAGCGACCUAAAAAAACAAAAUAGAAUUCUUUGUAACAUAUUGAAAAUCCUAAAGAGAACUAUUGGUUUUAUAUCCUUACCAUGGACUUUUAUGUGUGAUGCCCCACGACUUACAUCUUUAUAAAAUUGCGUUGAAGUUAUAUAGUCAGACUGGGCAGAGUGCCAGUAUAAAAAAACUUCUCCUGUUUUUCAUUGCUUAGAUAAAAAAAUGGUACAUUUAUUAAAAAGCAAAAAUUAUUUACCUCCAGGAAGGAAACAUUCAAUACUAGCAGAUUCCGAAUAACAGCAGCCAAGAUUUUCACAAUUUAUACUAUUAAUAUUUGAAUAGCCACAUUCAAUUCUCUCUGCUUCGGGAUGAUUGCAGACCAGACCAUAGAUUGUACAUAGAAUGUUUGUUAAGGUUAAGAAGUGAUAGUACAUGAUGAUUCUUCAUUCGCAAAUGUCCCGUGCUAAUAAGUUUUAUUACUGUCUAAUCUAUUAUUAAUAGAUAUCUUUGAAGAAAUUUUUAUAUAUUCAAUAAAAAGUCUAUAUACAACGCAUUUUACAUUAUUUAGAUAUUCAGUAAGGAAAACAAUCGAAACUUUUAAUUCUGGAUCUAUCUCAAAGAGUUUAAUCUUAUUCAUUUCAAGCAAAAUUCAUUCAUUAAAUAUUAUUAUGAUAAAUUAUAAUUAAUCAUACUUUUUCCGGUCAGCCAUUAUUAUUGUCAAUUAUCAACUUGAGUUACAGGGUUAAAAGAGCGAUAAAAGAUGAAAAAGACUAUUUGAAACUACUCAAAAAAGGCGUGUUUAGUAUAACAAAGGUUUAUGUCAAGCAAAAUUGUCUUUAGGGAAAAGGAUGGUAAAAUGUGACGUGUUUGACUGGGAGUUCCCCAUCCAAAGCGAAGCUCUUUUCAAGUAUAUUGAAGAUAAUUUGAGCGAAGAUACUCGACUACGAAAAGAAAUGGAAGAGAAACUAAAGGGAAUUGAAGGUUCACAAGGAUGCGACGUAAUGCUGAAAUGCAUGAAAGCCAUUUUUGGUGAAGCCUUGCGCUUUUUCAUUGUUCCUGCCCGGACCCACGCCGAAAAAAGCCUUAAAGUAGCAGACGACGGACUUCUUAUACUGCAAAGCCAGUAUUUGUAUAAGCUAUUCUGCUCUUUGGUAGUGGAGAAUCAAUCGCUAAAAACUUAUAUUCCUUGCCUGGAAACUCGUAAAAAGUACGUUGAUAUGACCUGCGAUUUUUGGUUUUUUAUGUACUAGAAUUAUAUGAUUAGGACAGAAAAUGUUACUUGAUUAAAAAAC